CAUUUCAAUUUUUUUCAAUUCGUUUGCUUGACGUUCACGGACGUAAAUCCGCACACAGCCCUUACUCGAAUACGUUUUGCAAUAGAUAAAUCAAAAUUCUCCGUGUGGAUUCUAUCUGGGAUUGGAUGCAACACUAAAUUGCCUGUGUAUUCUAGCUUUUCUAACGACGCAAAAUUCUCAGUGCAAGAAAAAAAAUAAAACGACUUUUAGCAACACAACAUAAACCGAUAAUAACAACAAGUCGCCUGAAGGCACCAACUCCAAAAUAUAAAGCGGAAAUUGGACAAGCUUCCCGACGGGAUUGGAUCUAAUAUCAUGUUGUUAAAAGUGCCAUCUGUGGACUGGACGGAUCAAAUCAUUUACGUGGUGGACGACGAUGAGUCGCUAUCAGACAUCGACGAUGAGCCAGAUUUCUCCGAAUAUAUGUGGAUGGAGAACGAGGAGGAGUUUGACAAGAACGAACUUCAACGCCUGGAAGAGCAGGAGAUUAUGCAAGAGUGCUUUGAAGCCAUGAUCGAGGACGAGCUGGAGGAGCAGAUUAACGAGUGGGAGAAGGUUAAAACGGCGGAACAGAACACGGCACUUUCCGCGCUGCCCAAGAGCCAGUGUAAUGUGGAAAAGUCUGUACUGAAUCCUAUGGCCGAUGAGUUUAUUCCUCGUAGUCAUAUAAUGGAUUUCCCUGCCUCAUAAAGCCAGCUCGUUCCCUGCCCGCCACAGAAUCACAAACCGCCCCGCCCCAUAACACGUGGACCUCAUACGCGAAAAUCCUAAGAAACUAAAGAUCCUUUGCUAAGGCUCAACUAACAAAUUGCGCCAAUGAGAUUGAGAUUGGCAUUCUGACCAAGUUGAGCAGCGAGAGCAUUCGGAGAAAGUAUAGCCCAUCAUUAUCUAAUUCCUAGAUACCCAAAAAGCGAAAUAUUCGUACCAACUCCAAAUGCUGGCGACCGAAAUGCAAACGAAUCGUAUUUUUAAAAACCGUUAUAAAAAAAAAAAACAAAUCAAUGCAAAAAUAUAAAAAAGAUGUUUAAUAGAAGAAAGCAACAAACAAACCAACAAAAAGAAAAAAAAACCAACUACAAAAUAAGAACAGACAAAUAACAAUUGACAACUAUGCCACGUACAUUACAGUACAUUGUAAUUAGAGUUAAACACGAAUUCUUUGCCGAGGAGUUUGGAGCCACGGCGCCUCAGAAAUUCCGAACCCAAAAUGUUAAACGAAACGCAGACGCUGGCGCUUGCUAAAGCUAGUGAAAACUUUGGUAUUAACGUACAAAACGAAAACGAAUGACUUUUUACACGCGACGAACAAUGUCGUGGCUUCUAUACCAACUAAAAACUAAAAUUAUAACUAAACUAUGCCAAUUUCCAGCUAAAGCAACUGUAAGCAACAAACAAGACUCGAUUGUGUUAGUAACAAACAAAGAAAUGAACAGAAUUUGUAACCGUCAUGUCGUUAAAAUGAAAUUCUAUUCAAAGACUUUAAGUGUAGUUUAAAUCGUAUUUAAUUUAACGUCCCGCCCACUGUCUAGACUCGUUUUAAGUUGACAAUUUUGUGGAUUAUACGUGUUUACUAGUUUUCUUUUUAAAUAAUUUUCACCAUUGUUAACUCGUUGUACGUUCUACGCCCAAGUUACAAUAAGCGCUUGUUAACUUCCCUUCUGACUCUCGCAAUACUUGUAAUUUACAAAUGUAAUUUAGUGUACUAAAAUGAAUUGAGAUACUAAUGUUUAACGCCCCCUUAUACAAAAAGCAUGCAUCAAUAUGUUUAACUAGUGUUAAUUGACAAAAAAAAACAGACAAAACCAACGCUGCAAUAACAAGUAGUUCUGUAAUUUUAAGUAAAAAAUCUUUUGAACCGUUUGCUGCGGGUCAAAUGCACAAACCCCAAUCGACUUUGGUUAACCACGUUAAAUUUCGUUCCGGCAUGUAGACAAAGAUGAAUUUCUAUUUUUUCAAUCAGCUUAGAUUUAGUGACUUAAGACAGCAUUAAAAGAUCUACUACAUUACUUACGUUACGUGUGAUAUAAAGAUAUAAAAAAACAAGCAAAAAAAAAUAUCAAAAAUGAUUUUAAAAAUCUCAAUAAAAAGAAGUAUUAUAGCAUAAAA